CGAGACAGUAUUGGACAUUGGAUUAGUGUUGGUCAAAUAAUUUCCAUUCUUCAUUAAUUAACCAGGCGUAACCGAAAAAAUCCUCGAUCAACCUAUACGACACUUUGCAUAGCCUAAUAAGUCAGUAUAACUCUACGGUGUUAAAAGCAGAGUUUAAAACAUGUCAUCACGGGACUAGUGUAAUGCUGGACAUUUAUUUUUCGGAGGACAGUAAAAAGUGACAUACUCAGUUUGUGUUCUGGAUAUACACGUGUUAAACUAGUGUAAAUGAGAUAAUGAGAUACAGGUGGCGCUAUGCCUCCAAGUAUGCACUCCUGUUUGGAAUUGUGUCGACCUUUGGACUUUACAUUCUUAACAACAAAUUAAACUCAAUACAAACAUUCCAAAGUUCUCUGUCAAUAUAUUCGACUGGUCCUGGCGUAAAGGACGAGAAGCUUAUACCACACAGGCAUUAUUUUCAUACCACUAGAAUGGUUACAGAUGUUGACUGCAAUGCUAUAAUCCAAGGUGAUGAAGAUGAGAUACGACGUGCAGAAACCAAGAGAAACGUACGAAGAUUCCUUCAACCUCAAAACUACUCACAAAUGGCAAGGAACUGCUCCACUUUUAAGAAUCAGCGAGGCUAUAUUGACCACCAUUUAACGGAAGUUGAACGCAAAUUUCCGAUAGCGUUUAGUCUGCUUAUGUUCAAAGACAUCGAACAAUCUGAGAGACUUCUUCGCGCAAUUUACAGACCACAGAACUAUUAUUGUAUACACGUUGACGCCAAAACAGAUCACACCAUUUACGACGCCAUGUCGUUAAUUGUGAAUUGCUUUGAAAAUGUUUUUCUGACGUUUACACGCUUUGACGUACAGUGGGGCACAAUGACCGUUCUCGAGCCAGAAUUGCAAUGCAUGAAGGAGCUUUGGAAUAAAAGUGCGUCGUGGAAGUAUUUUAUCAACUUGACUGGUCAGGAGUUCCCGUUGAGAACAAACUACGAGCUCGUACGUAUUCUGCAAGCCUACAACGGAGCAAACGAUAUCCAGGGGAUUGCUAGUAGGUCCGAAAUUAAGCACUUUUAUAAAUGGCGGUGGAAAACAGCGGGUGCGCCGCCGCACAACAUCUCACCAAUCAAGGCGUCUGUUCACGUGGUGGUAAACAGAGGAUUUGUGGACUACGUAUUGCACGAUCAGCGAGCCCACGACCUCCUGAACUGGACGAGACAGACGGAUGUACCCGACGAAACAUUUUUUGCAACGCUCAAUCAUAACCCUCAUCUCCGUGUGCCCGGUUCUUAUUUGGGUGAUCCCAAGACAGACGAUGUGAUUAAGCCGUUUAUGGCACGGUUCAAGAACUGGGGUAUGACCUCAAAAGAGUGGAGUGGACUGGAGUGCCACGGCAAACGUGUGCGCCAAAUCUGCAUCAUUGGCCCGGGCGACCUACCGGACCUGGCCAACAGCAAGAAACUCUUUGUGAACAAAUUCUACCAAAACUUCCACCCAUAUGGUUACGAUUGUCUUGAAGAACUUAUCGCCAACCGCACCCGAGACAUAUACCUCGGGAAUAUUUCUUUUGACGCAACUUAUUAUGGAACUUUCGGCUUUGUCAGGAACAAAAUUGGUUUAAACAUGGACAACACAUAGAUGACCUGGAGCUAUGCUGACAAUAUGACAUAAGACCCAUAAAUAACACGUUCAAAACAAAUUUCAACGCAUUUUAACACCAUUAGAUAGUUUUCUUAGAUUCUGUAAUACAUGUCUUAAACAGUAGUAUUUAUGUUUUAUGUUUACUUUUGAUUCUUAUUGCAAUAGUCCAAUAUCACUAACGUGCAUACAUGCAUAUAACGUAUCUUAAAGUAUCAGAUGCCAGUCGUUAUCUCAAAAUUGGUUGCAACAUGGACAGCAAGGAGAUGGUCUGAAACUACCCAAACCAAUAUGAUAUAAGACCCAGUUCAAUUAGCUUGAGUCUGAUGGAGAACUCACAAUUGCAAAGACCAAUUCAUUGAUACACAUGGAAUUAAUGUUUUUUAUUUUUUAGAUUAGUGUUUUUUUUAUGAGAACAAUAUUGUCUUUCAAAAUACAACUCUAUCUUCUUAUCCGUAUUUAGCACCUGUACUAUGGCUCGAUUGGUCAUUGUCGGCUCGGGUUCUACUUACAUGUACCCCGGGUACGGUGAAUAUACUAAAACGUACCCGGGAAAUUUAACGCUUAAUCGGUCGUUGUCGGCUUUUUUUUAAUUAAUUAUAUUCACAUGUAUAUAAAUUUUCUGUAAAACGACCUCAAUAUUAUCGAAACUCAUACCCAAAAAGCAUGUUGAUGCAGUUUUUUUAAAGACAAGUUUGUUUAUGAUAAUCGGUUGCGCGUUUUACGACACCGAAUUUUGGGCGGGAAUACAACUCGGGUACAAUCUAAUAUCGACCGGGUAUGAUUAAGUAUAUUUACCGUACCCGGGGUACAUGUAAGUAUACUUAAGAGUACUCGGGGUACAUGUAAGUAGUUCCCGAGCCGACAAUGACCAAUCGAGCAUUACUAGGUGUCUCGGAUUCUUUUAAACACGUUCGUAUGUCUUGAACAUAAGUCUUUAUCUUUGAUGUUUUAUGUGUACUUUUAAUUUUUAUUGCAUUAUUUGCAUAUGGCAUAUGAAACAAUCUAUUUCUAGACAUACUGUGUAUUGUGUUUUGUUGUUGUUUUUUUUUAAGAAAAAAAAAAGAUUUUGAUCGGUUGAUGUAAUGUAUGCUACAUAAUUGUGUUUACUCUUUUUAUAAUUUUAACAUAUUUUUAUUCAUAUUUCUUUACAUGGAGAGGUGCCUAUGCUUAGAACAUAAGAAUAACUGUUGUGUUUUUUAGCUUUCCCUUUAAAUAUUUUUUUUCAAACUGAUUUCAUGGGUAGUAGUUGUAUAUUUUAUGAAAUUGACGCAUUGUACAUAGACAAUCAUAUGUAUUUACAGAAAUAAUAUGAUAUAUAAAUAAAUUCAUAUACGAUUAAUAAAUAAAUAAAUCUUAAAUUUAAAAUGAAUAAAUAAAUAUG